AACUCUCUCAUUGAUUGUUGCUCGGUGAAGAAGCAGGGUUGGGUCCACGGAAUUUCAUACAGAGCCAGUUUUCUGCAACUGCGGCUGUACCUUGCAUUUCUUUAGCUAUUUCAGAUAAACAGGAUAUCGAGGCGCAUGCAGCGCUUAUUUUUAACGAGUAGCUAGCUAGUAGGGAGGUUGAACCAAUUUUAAGCAGUGUCGGUGACCUAGCUAGCUCGUGCAUUCAUUUUCGACGAAAGCAAAAAGAGUGCGAAUGACGAGAACGCAUUAGCUAAACUAGUUUUCAAUAGGUAACCUAACUAGGUAGUUUGCUAGCUGAAAUAUAACCAGACAUGGACGACAAGUCAUUCACUAAGGAAUUGGAUGGGUGGAUUGAGCAACUCGGCGAAUGCAAGCAGCUCUCGGAAAAUCAAGUCAAAGCCCUUUGCGAAAAGGCCAAAGAGAUCCUGACGAAGGAGUCUAACGUGCAGGAGGUGAGAUGUCCGGUCACCGUGUGCGGAGAUGUCCACGGCCAGUUCCAUGACUUGGUGGAGCUGUUUAAAAUCGGAGGGAAGUCUCCGGACACCAACUACCUCUUCAUGGGAGACUAUGUGGACAGGGGCUACUACUCUGUAGAGACAGUCAGRCUCCUAGUAUCUCUCAAGGUUCGGUACCGUGAGCGAAUCACAAUCCUUCGAGGGAACCACGAGAGCAGACAGAUCACCCAGGUGUACGGCUUCUACGACGAGUGUUUAAGGAAAUAUGGAAACGCCAACGUCUGGAAGUACUUCACAGACUUAUUUGAUUAUCUGCCCCUAACUGCACUGGUAGAUAACCAGAUCUUCUGUCUCCACGGUGGACUGUCCCCCUCAAUAGACACAUUAGAACACAUCAGAGCGCUGGAUCGCUUACAGGAAGUUCCUCAUGAGGGUCCGAUGUGUGACCUGCUGUGGUCAGACCCCGAUGACCGGGGCGGCUGGGGCAUCUCUCCCCGCGGUGCCGGCUACACCUUUGGACAGGACAUCUCGGAGACCUUCAACCAUGCGAACGGACUCACCCUGGUCUCCAGAGCUCACCAGCUGGUCAUGGAGGGUUAUAACUGGUGCCAUGACCGCAACGUGGUGACUAUCUUCAGUGCACCCAAUUACUGCUAUCGCUGUGGAAACCAGGCCGCCAUCAUGGAGCUGGAUGACACACUCAAGUACUCCUUCCUUCAGUUCGACCCCGCCCCUCGCAGAGGUGAACCCCAUGUGACCCGCCGCACUCCUGACUACUUCCUGUAAAAGAUCCCAAUGCCUGUGAAGUAUUGCUAUAGAUUCUUCUUAGUGAAGAUGUGGGAGAAGGGAGCAACCGACCAUCGGUAUAGAGUUGUGACAAAGUAAGCAUCCAUCAAUCCAUGGACCAAAAUGUGUGCCAUAAUUUCACAAUGCAAAAUGGAAAAAAUAUGUCACAUUCAUCUUUAAAGAAGACCACACAACCGACACCCACCACAGUCCAUGGAACCAGUUCCUUCUCUCUCUGUGCAUGAUGUUGUAUUUAUCUCUGAAAAUGAUUCUUCAUUGUAAAGAUUACAGUGUACUAUAUAGUAAUAGGGUGCCAUUUUGGAAGCAGACAGUCUCAUAGUACCUGCUGGUUUUGUCAGGAAAAAGAUCUGCUUUGAAUUAAUUAAUCUGCUGAGAUUAAGGCUUAAAUGUAACCCUUGUGGUAGGAACAUAAUUAUAGUAUAGAAAAGUUUUGGUAAACCUAACUCGGCAUGGCCUCAAACUGGAAGGUUGCAGUAAACAUGUUAUGUUGUGAACAUUUUUCUAACAGAAAUUCAAUGGCUUUUUUUUGUGUGAAUUUUAAAUCAUUGUUUUCAAAGUUG